AUGAUGGGAUCAGAGUCCGAGAUAGCAGAUACUGUGGAAUCACAGUUUGACGACAACAAGGUUGUUUUCCUGUCGUGGGUUCAAAAACGAUCGAUCAAAACACAUCAAUGGCACAAACGCUGGAUGGUGCUCCGAAAUUGCCAGCUCAGUUACUACAAGAAGAGCUCAGAGCAUAAGCCUAGUAAAGUGCUUAGUAAAUCGGAGUUGUUAGCAUUCAGUGACGUUCAGGAAGCCCACAAGGAGCAUGAACAUCACUUUGCAAUAUACACAAGCAAUCGUGUUUACCACUUUCGAGUGGAAACUAAGGAGCUCCAAAGUCGCUGGAUGAAGGCUUUGGAGACUGUUGUUAAACAAUACGAGGACGACUCAAACGAGGAGGACGAUCAAGAGGCAGCUGCAAGCCACCUAUCCAAUUUGCUGAUGGACAAAAACGAAGAGGAGUAUUUGGUAGAGCAGGGUGAGCUUCGAAAGCUUCGGAAACGCUAUAGUCAGUGGAGGAAGUUGUAUGUGAUUGUCACUAAUAAGGCAAUUUACUUCUGCAAACUGAAGGAGCAUAAGGGCCAGGCGUACAAAGUCAUAAGCAUGGAUAAGGUAAUGGACGUCAUCGAGGUGGACGGCACUAGAGGGAAAAGUUGGUGUCUUAUGGUGAUCACCCCAACUAAGAGGACAUAUUUAGGUGCUCAGAGUGAGCAAGAUAUGACGAAGUGGCUAUCAGCAAUCAAGGCUGUUGUUCUUCAAAAAAGACGACAUUGA